ACCUCUUGCCUAGCAUAGAUCUGGAGAGGUCCUCGUUCUUUCUGCGUGUGAUGGAUUUCCCAGAUGACCAGUCAACGUCAAGGGCUGAUGCAAACGUGUAUCUACUGCGCGGUGUAGUGAGGAUGAUGAAGUGGCAAAAUAUUCCGGUAGCAAGAGCCACUAGUGUGUGGAGUAUGGAUCUGGUUUCCCUUGCGAAAUGGUACACUCCUGGGACUCAUUCCAUCGAGCGGUACUGAUGAUGGCAAGCGGCACUAAUGUGAAUGCACACCGCUGACCUGAAUGGACGGAAAAGGCACAGUGUGAGGGCCGAUUUUCAUAAGCGGUGUGUCAUAGUUUAAAUACUUAAAUACUUCUAAGCACUCUAGAUUUGAGUGAAUGCAAUUUUCCACGCACUUGGCGUCUUUAAUUUCAUGCAAAUGUAAGUACACAAAAGUGUCCACCGGCACGGUAAGAGGCAAUUAAUCUAAGGAGAGCACCAAGUUCAGCAAACAGGACCUUACUGAGGAAAACGAGAAAAAAAUCCCAAUCAACAACAUGGUCUUGUGCUUUUUUGCGUUUGCAUGAGAGUUUCUUGGGUAAUUUGUAGGCGCUUGCUAUUGGCGAGGCGUCUUCAUCUGUCAAACGGCGUAGGCGGGACCCCGCUGGCGGAGGCGCGCUAGAGGCAGGGAGGGCUGAAGUGGCACUUUCUCGAUCUGUCGCGGAGAGCAUCUCUUCCCAGCGCGGGUACGGUGACGGUAUCGCUGCCUCCGGAUCGGGCACUUGACAGGAGAGUUUCGAGGUCGUUGCCUCACACUCGGAGUCCAUGUAAUUCCCCCCACAGUCACAAACUUCAUCAACCCUACCUGGAUAAAUCUCCAGUCUCAUCACAGAAAAGACGCAAGUCGGACGUGGCUGUGGGAAGAGGACACGAAUAUGAUCUUCAAACAGCACUUGUUCUUCAUGCUUUACAGCGCAUGUGGACUUGUCAUUAAAGAGGCCGCAACAAAAAACAAAGUGAAAGGUGGCCAGGGCCAGGUCCCCAUCACUCAGAAUGUGACUGUGGUGGAGGGGGGGACGGCCAACAUGACGUGCCGGGUGGAUUUCAAUGAUAACACCUCCCUCCAGUGGUCAAACCCAGCACAACAGACCCUCUUCUUUGGGGAUAAGAAAGCCCUGAGGGACAACCGGAUUGAGUUGGUGCGCGCGUCCUGGAAGGAGCUAACCAUCAGCAUCCAUGAGGUGACCCUGUCUGACGAGGGCCAGUACACGUGCUCUCUCUUCACCAUGCCUGUCAAGACCUCAAAGGCUUACCUCACCGUGCUGGGCGUGCCAGAGAAACCAGAGAUCACAGGAUUCACAAAGCCAGCCCUGGAGGGGGACCACGUCACCUUGACAUGCACGACGUCUGGGAGCAAGCCCGCCGCCGACAUCCGAUGGUCCAGGAACGAAAAGGAGAUCCAAGGCACCAUGGAGGUGAACGCAACGGGGCGGUCGUUCACCGUCAAGAGCACGCUGGAGUUCCAGGUGGACCGGAGCGAGGACGGCGUGGCCUACACCUGUAGCGUCGACCACGUGGCGCUGCUUGCCGCCCCCCAGCGAGUCACGGAGGUCCUGGAGGUCCAUUAUGCCCCUCGUGUGGAGAUCCUUCACUCCCUUAUAUUCCCUCAGGAAGGAGAGUACUUUAAACUGGACUGUGUCUCCACAGGCAACCCAUCGCCAAAGCCAGUGAUAUGGACGAAAGACGGCGGAGAGCUGCCUGACGUGGAGCGCAUGAUCGUGGAUGGCAGGGACCUCAUCAUCACAUCACUGAACAAAACUGACAACGGAACGUACCGCUGCGAAGCCAGCAACUCCCUCGGAACCGACAUCGCAGAGUAUAAGCUGUUUGUAUAUGCCAAAGACUUACCAGGUGCCACGACAGACCCCAACGCCCUUGCCCAGCACGGCCCGGACCACGCCUUAAUCGGCGGCGUCGUGGCGGUGGUGGUCUUCAUCACGCUCUGCUUCAUCAUCGUCCUGGGCCGCUACCUGGCCAGGCAUAAAGGGACAUACUUAACCAAUGAGGCGAAGGGAGCCGAGGACGCGCCCGAUGCAGACACAGCCAUCAUCAAUGCCGAGGGAAACCACGCACAUGCAGAGGAAAAGAAAGAAUAUUUCCAGGAAGCGGCAAGAAAUGUGGUUCAUCUCAAGUCGGAAAACCUUGGCUUUGCCAAUAAUUACGCUUUAAGAGAAGAAUAUAUAAAAUGCAUUAAUGUUUUUAAUGUGAAUCACAUGUAAUGUUUAAUGUGUUUUUUUCUUUUUCAUUAUUAUUAUUAUUAUAAUUAUAAUUAUUAUUUCAAAUGUUACAUUGUGGCAUUGGAUGUUACUUGGAGUGUACACCACGGGUGGAGUAAGAAAAAGGACGUUUGUUGUACAUAAAUGGACACCAAAUAAUGCUUACCUGAAUAAAAAAAAGCAAAGGAAAAAAUGUGAAGCACAACUAAAUUAAUAAGUGUUAUGUAGUGAAAUUAUACAUUUGAGAAUUCAUUUAAAAAAAAAAAAAAAAAAGAUUUCAAAGUAUUUAAUUUCCACCUGUCAUCUCUGUCUGUAUGUUCCUGCACUGUUGAGUUUAUGCCUUUUGCCCUCUCACAACUAUCUGAAUAUAGAAGCACAAAGUAGAGGAAGGUAAACAUUGUCAGGCAGUCUCAGGAUCACAGCUGAGUGAAGUUCUGUUCUUUGUUUUUCUUUCGUAUUGCUGAAGUUCCUGUUGAACUGUACCUUUGACCAAUUAUAAAGAAUGAGAUAUCAAAAAUUAAAAAAAAAAUUAAAAAAUUACCCUUUUUUUUUACCACCAACAUGGGUGACACUUUACAACAUAUCAAGUGGAAAAAAAUAACAAUUGUUUUGUUUACAAUACUUAUGCCCCCCUUGUUAAUACUGCUGUACAUUAUUUUGCUAAUGUGAUAAAUGGUGAAAAAUAUUGUUCCGAUAUGGGGUCCCAUAUGUAUUAAGAUUUGUAUAUUAGAAAAUAUAGCUAUUUAAAGUGUUCCAUGCAUCUUUUGAAUUUCACAUCAACAAGGAGCAAGUGUUUCAACACAAGGCAUGUAAAUACUGUGUAACUAUUAAAUUCAGUCAAACAUAAUGUAGAUUGUUGCUUUGCUUAUCUUUUACAGAAAAACUGAUUCAAUUGGAGUAUGUUAUUAGAAUUAGACAGAAUAAGGAAAUAUGCCAACAAAGAAGUACUGAUGAAUUAUUAUUAUUAUUAUUAUUAUUAAUAUUAUGAAUUGUAAGAAAUCUGUCAGUACAACAAUCACCAUUAUUGCCUUUGUGUUUAUAACAGACCUAUUGGCCCACCAAAUCACUGGUGAGGUCAGGCUAUCCCUUCAACGUCACACUUUGGAAACGUAUUGAUACUGUUCAUACUUCAUUUCUAAGGUAGCUUCUUCCGAGACAUUUUUCUACAACAUUUGCUUUGCCGUCUUGUUUUGCUUCUAUGGUACAAAAUUGUGAAUGGUUUGCUUUUUUUUUCAGUAUUAAAUAUCCAUUUUUCAAAACAAUGCCUCUGUAAGAAAAAGGGAAAAGUGAGGAAAUGAGUAAAAUAUGCACAACCGUCUGUCUGUUCUCUUUCUUUAACACUGGUGACUGUACAAGCUUUGUAUACUGCUCCUAUACUGUAUUCUGUCUUCAUUAAGAUAUCCAUUGAUAAUAUCUUUGUCAAACAA